AUGUAUUGUACAUAUGCAAGUCUCAGAGCACUCAAAUUUCCUCGUGGUGUUUGGCGUUCGUGGGACGCCAGAAAGACACUCGUCACUUGGGCGGAACUUGGCUCCGGUGAUAUCUCUGUCUCUACCUCAGCACAUGGGGGGUGUCUGUGUGACGACGUGGGUUUCCCAAGCACGAUGGCAACGGGUCCAAGUACACCCCCCCUGGUGGAAGAGAGAGACAUGAUAAAAAACCUUCGGCCAAAGACCCUGCUCUGUCCUUUGGGCCCGGUAACCAGGUGCGCUAAGUGGCCGGGAAGAAGGUUGUCCGUGCCAGCCCUGGCCCCCUCGAGACCCUGUUCCUGA